GGCUCCUCUCUCUCUCGAACCACCACUAUCGACUGGGCCGGUGGUGAAAGAUGGCCCCUGUCUUUUCCAAGGUCGUCCGUAGCAUCCCGCGCUUGCCACUACCGCGUCGGUCCAGCAGCGGAAGCAAAGAGCGUGAGCGCGUAGGACGGAGGAAGGCCCUGCUCAUCGGUAUCAACUAUCAGUGGGGGGAGGAGCACGAGUAUUUUGGACGCUUGCAGGGGUCCAUCCGCGAUGUUCAAGGGCUCAAGGACGUGUUGAUUCGUUAUCUUGGGUUCGAAGAGGCGGAUAUAGUGGUCAUGACGGAUGAGAAGUUGGAGGAUCGUGCAUCUGAUACGUGGCCUUCCAAGGAUAAUAUAGUGGCGCAGAUGCAAUCGCUGGUUCAAGACUCCCAGUCUGAGGAUGUAUUUGUCUUUCAUUAUGCUGGACAUACAGACCAGAGAGAGGUUCCGUCCCCCGAAGACCAUCAUGAAGAGAGUACAUACAACAUACGCCACAGUCAUACUCGUCAGGCACCGCCAAGGCCCGACGAGAUACGCCACUGUGGGCGGUGCCUGCCCACAGUGGCGUAUCUCGUCGCCGCGUGUUCCAGACUUACUACAAACAGUGUCUAAACGGAGCGGCGAAAACAAAUCCCCAAAAUUGUCCGCCCGAAAGCCACGAAAAUGUUGAAAUAUGUAGAUUCUGUAAUAAAUAUUAUUUGUCAC